UCUCGUUCUGGCGCACAUGUGCGCUCAUGCAGUGCGUUAUGCAUAUAGCAGCAUAUAGUAAUAUAGGUUAUAUUAAUUUGCAAAAAAAUAUUAAAUUGUGAUUUUAAUAUAAUAAUAAUUCAUUAUUUUGUCAUGCCUACUGUAGAUAGAAUCAAAAAGCCCACAACACACAAGGGCAAGAAAGCUAUAUUGAAGAGAGAGCCUAAGCUAAUAGAAGAUGCCAAGGAAGCUUUAUUUUUUAAGGGUAACCGUACAUCACAGAUGGUUAUCGAUUUUAUGAAAGAUUUGUAUGAUCUAAAAAAACCUAAUGUGCAAAUGAUGAAACAGAAGAAUGACAUACUGCCAUUUGAAGAUAUUACACCUGUGGAGAGAUUUGCAUCCAAGUACAAUAUGUCUCUUUUUAUGAUGGCUUUGCACAAUAAGAAACGCCCACACAAUCUCGUGAUGGGUCGAAUGUACGAGCAUAUGUUACUGGACAUGGCAGAAUUUGGUGUAGAAAAUUAUAAAGGAUUAAAGGACUUCAAAGUUGAAAAGAUCAUCUCGGGAAUAAAACCAUUGUUAGUCUUUAAUGGUGAACUAUUUGAGAGUAAUUAUGAGUAUGGCAGGAUCAAAAACUUGCUCAUUGAUAUGUUUCGAAGAGAAGAAGUUGAAAAGAUCAGAUUGCAGGGUCUUGAACACGUCUUAAGUUUCACAGCUGUCGAGAAUAAAAUACUUUUACGUAGUUACAGGAUACUUUUGAAAAAAUCCAACAUGAAUAUACCUAGGAUAGAACUUGAAGAAAUAGGCCCACGUGCUGAUUUAGUUUGCAGGCGCAACAAGUUUGCCUCUGAAGACUUAUUUAAGCAAGCUUGUAAGAGGCCCAAGACACUCAAGAUGAAGACGAAAAAGAAUAUUUCCAAGGAUACCUUUGGAACAACGUAUGGCCGUAUACAUGUUGGUGCACAAAAUAUUCAGAAAAUUCAAACAAGGAAGAUGAAAGGGUUAAGAAAAACAUUAUCAGAAAAAAAUACUCAAAAGAGAAAAAUUACCGAUGAUAAUGAUGCCGACGCAAAGAAAUUAAAACAAACUGUAGAUUGAAAGAUUGAUUGGGAUGUUUAUAAUUAAAAAAAAAGUAAUUUUAAUACA